GUGGGAAAAGGGUAUACCGGUAUGUAAAAUUCAAACUUUCCUUAGCCGUGUCAGCAUCUCCUUUCAAUGUUUCAUGAGAGUGCCCGAUCGUGCUCUGUUGCCAGUGUUGGACGAGCUCUUCUUCCAGAGAGUUUUCUAGCUUAGCCGCCUCUCCUUUCUGUUAAGGCCUUGCUGGCUGAGCAAGCAACAUUUCCUAAUCGGCGCUGGUGUCGGAUAAUAAUCAGUACGGACUGGGGCCCGAAGGGUGGAAUUCAAGGGACUGGAUAAUGGCAGACCAUGACGAUGAUCUUCAUCAGUUGCUCGACAGCGCGCUGGACGGCUUCACCAAAGUGGACUCAAGAGCAGCAGCCUCGGGCAGAAAAGAUCUUCCUCUGAGAGGUGACGCAGCAGUGGCAUCUACAUCAUCUGCUGCAUACGAACUCAAUGCCAAGCAGAAAGAGAAGCAAGCUGUGCAAGGCCUGGGGUCCGGAGUUGGACUACGCCAGAAGAAGAGUGGAAAAGGCUCAGGGAAGAAGGCGGCUCCAGCCGGUGCUUCAUCCAGUAAGUCUGAGGGCUCAGAGAGUGGACGAAGAGCGCGGGGUUCGGAAGCGGGCAAGACAGUGGAGGCCCUUCAUGAGCAGACUCGGCAGACAGUAGAGGGCAUGGAUCCUGGUGGCGCAGAAAACUUGGAUGAGUUGAUGGCGCAGCUGCAACAGAUGGCAGGAGGCGAGGAUAUGCAAUCGCUGAUGGAUAACAUGAUGAAGCAACUGCUGUCGAAAGAUGUGCUCUAUGAGCCUAUGAAGGAGAUAGGGCGGCGGUAUCCUACCUGGCUUCAAGAAAACGAUGCGAAGCUCAGUACGGAAGACAAGGCACGGUACGGAAAGCAGUACCAGUACAUUCAACGGCUUCUCCAUGUCUACGAAAACGACCCGGAUAACUUCGAGCAGGUUACCGCUCUUAUGCAAGAGAUGCAAGAGUGUGGACAUCCACCUGAUGAGAUCAUUCAGGAGCUGGCACCAGGAGUGGUUUUUGGGGAGGACGGGAUGCCAUCAUUGCCGGAUCUUCUGGGCGCUGGCACGGGAGGUUCUGGGCCGGGUGGUCAACCAGACUGCUCAAUCAUGUAGAUAGACAUGAAUAUCGCUCAUCUCAAAACUUGUGGAGUCCUGGUGUCAAUUUAUAUGGUUCGUAAAGUCGCUUCCGCACAGCUUCAUGCCAACACUUGAAGUGGAAACUUUGUCUUUCUCACAAUUUGAUCCAAAGCAAGCCUUGAACUAAACAUAAAGAAGUCGAUCCACCUCCUGCAAAUAGCUUCUUAUGCAUGAUGCCAU